CCCACAACGAUACAACGCACUGCUCGUGCUACAGUAAAGAAAAGACCGGCGAUCGAUGGCCGCGGCGGCGCUAGGGUUCGCGGCGAGGAAGAUUGGCGGCCAUGCGCUCCGGCAGACGCAGGAGACGGUAGUAUCGCGGCUCUCGCCGGCCGUCGAGCUGGGGCAGCGGCAGCUCGUUCCAAGGUUCAUCCACACCGAGCAGCAGCAAACUCACAGUCGUGGGGGCGAGAAGGAGCGCGUCCUGAAGCGAAUCCAGAGGAUGAAGGAGGAGUUGUACGACGAGAUGGCGGAAGCGGACGAGAUGUACGGCAGAGACAAGGACCCCGAAUGCCGGAUGAACAAGCAGCUGCUCCGCGAGCUCACCGACCACGUCUGCAGGCGUAACUCCGGCGACGCCGUCUGGGACGCGGCUCGGUCGGCGAAAGCUACGGGACGAUCUGGUGGGUUUCAUGGGCAUCGUAGCCCGUACACCGGGGCGAGCUGCUUGCUCGAGGAAGCGGCGAAGCGGGUGUGGGCGGCCUUCUUCUCUAAGCGAUGAAGCCAAUGUCUAUCAAAAAUUUCGAGUUUGUAUUUUCUGGUAACUAGAAAAAAACUCAAGAUUUUGAGUUGGCUAUGAUUCUACCUAUUAUCCAAGAGAGUGAAUUUUUAGGUCCCGGGUGCCUAGACACCCGGUUAUCAUGACCAUCCAAGCAGUACCCAGCCCAUUGGGAUAUGUGCGGGUCUCUGCACCACGGUUUGGAUUUGCAGGCUAGGUGAAUAGUAAGCGCAGUAGACUGAAAUUAUUUGAAACGCAUCUGGGCUAGAUCGCUACUGUUUAUCAUAGGCAGAAUCCAUAGCCUCUGUCACCAGCCAGUCCACAUGGAUAUUGACAUGGUUGCAUCCCAUUGAAAGAGAUGAUAGACAUGUCGGCCCGUGUUUCAAACCAACGACAAGACCUCACCCCAAGCCUGCGUUGGUCUUCAACCCCUCGCAGAGAAACACACCACCCGUCGUGGGUGCCAAUGGAAUCCACGCAGAUCGGCGAAGAUGGCAUGGCAUAGUGCUGGGACGCAUUGAUUCCAACCAUGGCCAUGUCUCUCCGAUCGAAGUAAUAGAGGGACCUGCGGCUGUUCAUGGUCUAGAAAUUCUCGGAUCAAUCAUCCCUGAUCUGGAAACUGAAGCAAUCCCCUGAUCUGAAGUGGUAGGUUGUGACGUGUCCGAUCUCUUCCCGCAUGGCGUCCUAGCAGUGAUGCACAGAACGGCGGCCGUGGAGAUGCGAACACUAGCCGUAUCAAGCAACGGGAGGUUGGAACGCAGCUUCUUGGCCCAGGUACCGGAUUCAUAAUGGACUUGCAGCCAGAGCAACCCCGAGCAAACUGAGCACGAUUGAAAGACGUCUCCUAAAGUCUGAAGCAAGCACGCACACCUGACACUUUUGCUCCUGUAGAUGGCAUGUCGUUUGAUUCAUGCCAAGAAGUGUACGAACAGUAUAACCUAUAUGCUUGGGAGAACGGAUUCGGAAUUCGUCAUGCAAAAUCCAGAUGGGGAGAUGGGCGGCCUUACCAGCUGAUGCACGAAAUUGUUUGCUAGUGCCAGGUCAGUUACAUAGCGUCAUGCUUGAAGGUUCAGUAGAACUACAUCUUGUUGCCCCAUUUCGUGAUGAUAAGAUGUUUCAAGUUAAUAUGAGCCAUCAAUUUUUCCCAGUCCAAUGGGUCGAACGUGUCUUACCUCUUGGGAGGUAAGAAUCUAUUAAUUCCUUUACAAGGUCAAUAUCGACUUUGCACUUUACGUAAAUAAGGAACCAGUGAAUGAUUACAUCUUAAAGUCAGACAAUAAAAGGAAAGAAAUAUCGACUUUGCACUUUACGUAAAUAAGGAACCAGUGAAUGAUUACAUCUUAAAGUCAGACAAUAAAAGGAAAGAAAUAUCAUUAUACUAAUUGCAACCUGUUUAUCUUCCACUUUUAGCUCUGUUACAUCCUCACAAAUUGAGCUUUAUUUUUCUUCCCAUUUUGAUUAAGUGCCAAAAGGUCCGUAAAAUACAUACAUGUAAGCCGAUAGCAUAUUUGUCAAAUUACUAAUGGUUUUUUUGAUCUUUUACUGCAUUUCCCAACCUUUUUCGAUGAUCAUUUCUUGAGCCGAUACAAAUAAUUUGUGAUAAUUUAAAGUGUGAAAAAAAUCUGUAUACGAUGGUUCUUGGAGAAUGACAAUUAACUAUACUUUUCAAUAAAUGAGAGGUCUCCAUGGAAGAAUAUAUUUUCUUCUUCCAAAAGUAAGUCUGGUGUAUGUGACGAAUCAUGAGAAUUUAUACCGAUAUGGGCAAAAGAAUGAUUGAUCCAUUCAAAAGAAUUCCUUUUAGCAAAGUAACUUGCCAUAGUUGAGAAAGUUUACAUGUCCAGACUUGCCGUUGACCGGUUGUGAUCAAAUACUCCUCUUACAUCAUAGGUGGAAAGAGGGACCAUCUUAAAAGCGUUUGGAUUCUUUCGUGCUUGGAAAUCGCUUGGCAUUUAUAUUGUAGACAUUAGCUUUGUCGUUGUCUCUUUGUGGUUGUGAUGUGCAGGGUAAACCAGACAAAUAGAUUUUUUUUUUUCUGUACAAAACAGAGUGCAAGACGUGGAUGCGGCUCCUCCACACCAAGGAUCAUGGUUGGUAUGUUAGCAUAUUCAGUAACGAGCACAGUCACCCUCUAUCUGCAAGUCGUCAGGAGACAAGGUAGUGGAAUUCACAGUCAGACUAAUCCGGUUCUUAUGAAUUUCAUCAAGAAUCUCAGAGAGAAUUAUAUUAGCCUCAGGAAGCCCUCAGCAAGGUAUACAAUAUUAUCAAUGCAACAACACAUGGAGAUCAGACCGGCACACCGCUCCAUAAGCAGAACUUAAGGUAUCUUUGCUCAAGGAUAGCUCAAGAUGCACUAACGGAUGACAUCUAUAAGACUGUCAAGUUUUAGAAAUAUGAAGUCUGUUGAUCCAAACCUGUCGGUACGCGUUGAAUUUGAUCCCGAAA